CUGACAACACUAGUAGUGAGUGAAUUCAAGUGUAUUUUCUUGUAGCCGUAAAAAUUUCGUGAAAAAUUAUUUUCAACAUUAUAAAUCCAAUGUUGAAUUAACCAUAACAAAGUUUUAUAUUCAGUGCAGCUGCAGAUAUCAUACGAUGGUUUAUAUUUUUCCAGAAAAGAAGUUAAAGUAGCGCGGUGGCGGGUUGUGAGCACGGCGCGGGAGGCGCAGGGUCGGGCGGCGGGCGGCCGGCGGCUGACACUAUACGCCGCGUCAAGGUGAAGAUGUCAUCAGUGUCGGCGCAAGGAGUCGUGGAGCGAGCCUCGGCUGAACUGUCGCGACGCAUCACUGGCCUGGGCCUGCGUGGCCGCAAGCGUUCGCCCGGCGUCGUCGAACGGGUCGCCAAUGCGUUGUGCGGCCCGGCCACUGCCGCAGCCGCCGCGCCACGAGUGCCGCGUCGCCGCCGACCAUCACCCAGACCAUUGUCUUGGAAUCAAUUUAUUUUAGAAGAGAGGUUUCUAGAAAAGUUUUUUCUAUACUUCAAUGCAAACGAUAGAAGGUCACUUGCACAAGUGUGUACCAGAUGGCGUGAUAUACUGUACUCUUCACCGCGCUGGUGGACUGGCCUCGUUGCCGUUCUCGACUGUCGAGAGUUACGUUCAGCCACAGGAUGCUGUAUGCAAAGAUUUUACAACUCUCUGAUAAGGAGAGGCAUACGUGGAGUAGUCUUAGUAUCUGCUUCUGAUGAUGAUAUCAAUGAAUUUAUAAGACAGUUUCCUUUGUCAGCCCAUCAUAUUCAUGCAAUUGGCUUAAAAGGAUGCACAAUAACUGACAGAGGGCUGGAAGCAGUUUUGGAUCAUCUUCAGGUCCUCUUUGAGCUAGAACUAACCGGAUGCAAUGAAAUAACCGAGGCUGGUUUGUGGGCAUGCCUAACUCCACGAAUUGUCUCUCUCACACUCACUGAUUGCAUUAACAUUGCUGACGAGGCUGUCGGGGCAGUGGCCCAGCUGCUACCAUCACUGUAUGAGUUUUCUCUUCAAGCGUACCACGUGACGGAUGCCGCACUAGGGUACUUCUCGCCGAAGCAGAGCGCUUCCCUCAGUGUGUUGCGCUUACACAGUUGCUGGGAGCUCACUAACCAUGGCGUUGUGAAUAUAGUGCAUUCUCUACCAAACCUGACGGUGCUAUCCCUGAGCGGCUGCAGCAAGGUGACGGACGAAGGCGUGGAACUGCUAGCGGAGAACUUGCCGCGUCUGCGCAGUCUCGACCUCAGCUGGUGUCCGCGCGUCACUGACAACGCGCUCGAGUACAUCGCCUGCGAUCUCAAUCAUCUUGAAGAGCUUACGUUGGACAGAUGUGUGCACAUAACGGACAUCGGCGUGGGCUACAUCAGCACGAUGCAGUCGCUGGUGGCGCUGUUCCUGCGCUGGUGCUCGCAGGUGCGCGACUUCGGCGUGCAGCACCUCUGCGGCAUGCGCUCGCUGCAGCUGCUGUCUCUCGCCGGAUGUCCUUUGUUGACGUCAGGCGGGCUGUCGAGCCUCAUACAGCUGCGACAGCUGCGCGAGCUGGAGCUGACGAACUGCCCCGGCGCCUCGCCUGAACUCUUCGACUAUCUCCACGAACACUUACCGAGAUGCCUCAUCAUAGAGUAAGCUAUUCUUUAUGUACCUUGUAAUCCGCAUUUACACCACCAGUCACAAACACAUUACAUACAUUAUGAGCUACAUAUUUUAUAUUAGCCACAAGACGUUAGGUCGUUGUUGCACCUUACACUAAUUUCGCAGUACAAAUCUGUGGAAAUAUUUUCUUUUGAUAUCUAGAUGUUCCCUGUUUUAUGUAGAUUUCCGACUCUCAGAAUAUUAAAUUGUUGAAUUUCUAGGGGUAUGAAUAGCAUAUUAUGUUACGAGGUUUGCGCUACAGUUUUAACAGUCUGUAACCAUAAAUAUGUUAACGACACGUAGAGUCUGCUUCGCCUACCACUACUUCCGGGAGACAUGCUGUCUUACGUGAAAUGUUGAUGUACUUAAAAAUACAAUAGAAAUAAAUCGAAAGAGGAAUCGUCCAUAAACUCAUGAUCUUGUGGUGUACACAGUUAAGUAACGUCAAGGUAGUUAUUAAUACUCUUGUGUUGUAUCUUUUAUUUUAGUCAUACGGAUGCGAAUCAUGUGCAUUUUUAUUGUUUGUAAGACUUCACGCUUCUAGUCCUAGUUUUCAAACUAAUGAAGGAAUCGUAGUUAUAUAAGUGAGGUAACCCACCAAUUAUACACCUUGUUAAAAUUAACUUUUUCAACUACGCUUGAAUAGUAACUAUAGCUAGUACAUUGUAGUAUUAUUCAAAAGUCUAACAUUCUCCUUUAUAGUUUACCUAAGUGCGUUCUUGAUCUCAAUUAUUGUAGAUAUUGUUUACUUUUCGAAUGAUCUUAUUCCUAAGCAAUUGCUCAAAUUGUGUGAUGUCAUGUUGUGGUGGAUGUCGUGAACAAUUACUUCUCACUCUCAGAUCACCUGAACUAAAGGGGUCUGGUGAAGGAAUUUCUAAUCUGCCUAUAUGUAUAACCUGUAACAAAAAUACUAAAGCACUAAAAAGUAUGUACCGACGUGACUAACAUUAUAUCUGAGUUAAGAUAAAAUGUAAUAAACCUUGUUUAAACUAAGAUAAUUUAUCUAGCAAAUUUUUCCACACACAUAGCACUCUAAGUGUUUUUAUUACUUUUUAUAUGUGUUUAUUUUAUUGAUAAUGCCUAACAAGUAACAAUAUUUAAAACCUACAAAAAUGAUGUGAAUCAUAUGUGUAUUAUAUAUUAUAAGAGAAAGCAUAACUAUCCGUUUUCUUAUACAUCAGUCUCAGUGUAAUCAGUCUUGUUCAUAAUUUGUACGCAAACUGCACUAUAUUGCUUCAUAAGAGAAAUAUAAAUCUGCUUGUUAAAAUAUAGUUCGUACAAAAGAUGCGACAACAGUGUUCACACUUGGGACAAUUAGGAGACAUCUUAGAAUAGGUAAUACGUGUGGUUUUAUGUAUAGUGUAAUUCAUUUGAAAUCGAAUCAUGAGAUUUGGUGAUGUCCAUUAGUUAAAGUGUAAUUUAUAGAUUGCUAAUAAUAUUAUUCACACAUAGAAAUAUAUUUUAUUUUUAUUAAAUGUCAGUUAUCAGAUGUUUCAUAUGUAAAUAAAUGUCUGCUAUGUACAUUUAACUUAAACAACUUCUUCUCUGGAAUGGCAAUUUAUAUACAUACUAAUAUAAAUAAUAUAAGAAAUCCUAUAAUAAUACAUUACUGAACUGUUGUGCAUACUACAAAUAUGACUUCUGAUAUUAAAAUGCGACAGGACGAUAUUUGAAACUUAUGACUUAAACUCGACAGCUUUUGUACUGUAUGUCUCACAAACUAUUCUGUUUUUUAAACGUUUUUCAAAGAAAUGCAGUAUUAUUGUACCCUUGUACCUCUUGUGUAUUGUGAGUAAGUAAAUUCACAUUUUAUUUCUUAUUUGAAUCAAGUAUAUAGAAUCAAUAAUCAUUAAUUUCCUCCGGAAUAAAAUCGUGAUAUCCAGAAAGAGAAGAACUGGAUUCUUUUUAGCAGCUAUUAAUUUCUUAUCAUAUUUCAGUUUUUCUAUCUCUCACUCUAGUCAUUCUUUAUUUUAACAACUAUUUUUAAUUUUGCUAUUUUAUUAAACCUAGACUAGCUAUAGUGUAAUUAUAAUUCAACAAAAGUUGUAUGUAGAAGAAUAGUGUAUAGUACAGAAGAGACAGUAUGUAAUCGCUCACAGAUAUGAAACCUAACUGUUGUUCUAUAGUGUACAAAAGCUAUUCAAAGUAAAGAAUUUAUUUUGAAUUUAUUGGUUACAUACUUUACAAAGGAAAUUUCAUUAUGAAUAACCUGUAAGUGCAGCUAUUAUUUUAUACAACUGCAUGCAAUAAGUUGAAUUAAUACAAAUUUUAUAAAGUUCUACUUACUGAAUAAUAUUGCUAUGAACGUUGAUGUUUUGAGAUAUCACGUGAGCAGUGCUAAUGAACUUCAAUUGUUUUUGAUAUUAAUUUAUUUAUGUAAGUGACAGUGACGUGUUCCGCAAACGUUAGGGACGCAAGCCGCAACUCGGACAACACAUGAACGUACACUGAGCUGUACCAAAUAAACACCACUACUUAAAUACCGUCCGAAAUUAUAUUAAUGUAUUUGACUGGUACUACAAGUAAGCAGACGAUCUUUUACUGUAUUUUUACAAAAUAUAUUUAGUACAGUCAGCAUUAAACGAUUUUAAUAUUCCAACUGGCUGACUCUCCUGUAAGUGUUUACUUCUUUGCGACCGUUAAAAACGGCUAAAUAUAAAUAACUAUACAAUUAUAAUUGGGUAAGCUAGAAGAUAAGAGAGUUGAAUAUUUUUGCAUGUAUUUAAUGCUGAUGGUACUAUACAAACACAGAUAAAGAAAAAAAUAAUUGUCAGCACUGUCUGAACGUUGGCUCAUCAAUUUGCUUUAAAAAUGCUCUCUUUUCUCUGUGCCUGUACGAAAAGUAUUUAUAUUAAGUGCGUGGAUUUAGGAUUAGAACAUUUUGCAAUAUAAAAAGAAAAUAGAGAAUAACAUCACAUACUACAUACAGUAGUAGGUAAUUCAUGCAUUAAAAAGUAUAUUCAAUUUAUGAAAAUCAUCUCCGGUUUCUAGUAGACAUAUCCUGAUUUCUGCGAAAACCUGCGUUUGUACUUUUCCUACAAUAGCGCCUAAGUUUUAAAGCAAUUCAUAAGGCAACGUCCUCGGUCGUUCAAAAAGCAAUGUUUCAAAUAAAGCUAACAGUUUACCUGUUACAAUAGUUUAACUUGCAUUAAAUACGGGAUCUAUGGUAAUAAUGCUAAUGUUGUCAAUUUUCGCAAAGCUACAUGAUAUUAAUCAUACAUAAUAAGUUUCACCGUGGUUGAGGCGUACUAUACGCUUGUGUGGGUCUGCACAACAUUGCUUCAGACAGGCAUAUAAUAUCUGAUAACGUAAAAGUUUUGCAUAUUACAGAUUGAAUAUUCUAACCCUCAUAAGUGUAUAACAUGCCUAACUAGAGAUCAUACGGAAUGUUUGGAAAAUAUCUUCUGCUUCUAAUAAGCUGCUACUUCUUUUGAUUUAUAAAAAAUGGUUGUAAUUUUUUUUAACUAACUUUCAAAUCUGCAUAGUAAACAGAUUUCAUAGAGAUAUUACCAAAUAUUCAGUAUCAUCUUAGAUAGUAAAUAUUAUGGACACUAGGUAGUAUUAAGUCUAUGUACGUAUAGAUAUAUGGAUACAGGUAACACUCAUCUGUUUGAACAUCUCUAUAGUACCUUUACCUUCGUGGAUUCGUGUAUUUACCUGAACCUUUAAUGUAUAAAUCUGUUUUUUUGUACAUAAUAAUUAUAAUUAAUGAGUAAGAAGUCUAUUAAAUGUAAUAAUGAAGUUUAAAUGUUGUUGAAAGAUCUGACUUCUGCAUUAUAAAAGGUUGUAAUUAAAAUUAUAUGUAUAUUACGUACAAGCAAUAGAUUAUAGAUUAAAGCCUAUUUAAACAUACUCGUGACGUAAAAGUUGGAACAAGCGACUCGUCUAAUCUUAGCUAUUUGAUCAAGUUUAACAAGACGCAAUAAUAUUCACAUUGUGUGACUUAUGAAGACGAAUUAUUACUAGUUAUUAUAAUUUAAUAAAAUAUAAAGUCAUCGCCAUCGUGCCCUUAUGCCAAGGGGUUUGUCAGACGAAUAUAAGUUUUUUUUCAUAAACCGAUGUUGCAAGGAGUGCUUGUGCCCUAUGUACUUGUGUACCUCUUAGUUUGUGUUGUGAUAAUGCACCCGCUAGCUAUUUCAUUGGCAUCACUGUGUAAUGAUUGUAUUUUAGUAUAAUCCAUUUUCGUAAUAAUGAUACACAAUUUGUACAAUACUCAGUGAGAUGUUAUAGUGCAAUAUAGAUGUACUGUUUUA